UGAGCGGAGCGCAGCAGCUGGACUGGACCUCACUGGCCCACGGCGUCAUGAGCCACAACUUGGACGCUGCGCGGAGCUUCUUGGAGCAGUUGGAGGCGCGAGGCGGCAGGGAGAGGGCGAUCCUUGCCGGCGAGUUCAGCGACAUCCAGGCCCUCUCAGCCGCAUGGAAGACUGAACGUGUGUGCUCCACUGAGGCUGGCAGUAUGCCAGGAAAUGUGAGGAAGAACCGCUACAAAGAUGUGCUGCCCUAUGAUCAGACACGAGUGAUCCUCUCCCUGCUCCAGGAGGAGGGACAUGGCGACUACAUCAAUGGCAACUUCAUCCGGGGCACAGAUGGAAGCCAGGCCUACAUCGCCACACAAGGACCCCUGCCUCACACCUUGCUAGACUUCUGGCGCCUGGUCUGGGAGUUUGGGGUCAAGGUGAUCCUGAUGGCAUGUCGAGAAAUGGAGAACGGGCGGAAAAAGUGUGAGCGUUACUGGGCCCAAGAACAGGAACCACUACAGAUUGGACUUUUCUGCAUCACCCUGACAAGGGAGACAUGGCUGAAUGCAGACAUCAUGCUCAGGACCCUCCAGGUUACUUUUCAGAAGGAAUGUCGUUCUGUGUACCAGCUGCAAUAUAUGUCCUGGCCAGACAGAGGAGUCCCUAGCAACCCUAAACAUGUGCUCACCAUCGUGGAGGAAGCCCGUCGCCUCCAGGGAUCUGGAUCCAGUCCCCUCUGUGUCCACUGCAGCGCGGGUUGUGGGCGAACAGGUGUCCUGUGCACUGUGGAUUAUGUGAGACAGUUGCUCCUCACCCAGAUGAUCCCACCUAACUUCAGCCUCUUCAACGUGGUCCUGGAGAUGAGAAAGCAGCGGCCCGCAGCUGUGCAGACAGAGGAGCAGUACAGGUUCCUAUACCACACAGUGGCUCAGAUGUUCUUCUCAGCACUCCAAAACACCAGCCCCGUUUACCAGAAUUUCAAGGAGAAUUGUGCCCCAAUCUACGACGAUGCCCUCUCCUUCCAGACUUUCCAGACCCUUCCCACCACACCGCGCCCACCUGGCGAGGUCCUCAGAAGCAUCUCGGUGCCUGGGCCCCCGGCCCUCGCCAUGGCCGACACGUACGCGGUGGUGCAGAAGCGCGGGGCGCCCGCGGGCACCGGGGCGGGGGCGCGGGGGCGCGGCGCGGAAGAGGCGCCGCUCUACAGCCAGGUGACGCCGCGCGCCCAGCGGCCGCCGGCGCACGCGGAGGACGCGCGUGGGUUGCUGCCCCGCCGCGUUCCUGCUGACCAAAGCCCUGCUGGGCCUGACGCCUAUGAGGAUGUGGUGGAUGGAGCUCAGAAUGGUGGGCUAGGCUUCAACCUGCGCAUUGGAAGGCCUAAAGGGCCCCGGGACCCCCCUGCUGAGUGGACCCACGUGUGAAUGCUGCACCCUGCCUGCCUCCUGCCUCACAUGGGCACCUGGACUGCUGACGGCCAUUCUCUGCUAUGUGAAGUGUUGGAAAUGGGAAUGCUGGUCCUGGAUCAAAAUAAAAGUUUCUCAGGGUGGAAAUGU